AUGUUUGCACAGCAGGAGUUUCAUUCUCAAAGUGGUUUGGACUUGAAAGCUCAAGAAGCUGCACUCCGAAGUGGACCUGAUGUUGUCGUUGCCACACCAGGACGACUUAUUGAUCAUCUCCACAAUUCUCCAAAUUUUAACUUGAGUACUAUUGAGGUUCUUGUUCUUGAUGAAGCUGAUCGAAUGCUGGAGGAAGCCUUCCGUGAGCAAAUGACAGAACUUAUUAGACUUUGCGCAACAAAUAGACAAACCUUGUUGUUUUCGGCUACUAUGACUGAAGAGAUUGAAGAUUUAGCUUCGAUGUCACUUAAGAAGCCCGUAAAGAUUUUCAUAAAUGAGAAUACAGAUACUGCGCUGAAAUUGAGGCAAGAAUUCAUUCGAAUCCGUGCUGGACGUGAAACAGAUCGUGAAUCCAUUGUUGCGGCGUUGGUAACUAGAACAUUCCAAACGAAUACUAUUGUUUUUGUUCGGACCAAGAAAGAUUGCCAGAGAAUGCAAAUUUUACUUGGGUUAUUGGGAAUUAAAGUUGGUCAGAUGCAAUCGAGUCUCACCCAAGGUCAACGCAUUGAAGCUCUUUCGAAAUUCAAGAAAGGAGAAAUUGAUGUUCUUGUUUCCACCGAUCUUGCUUCUCGAGGUUUAGAUAUUGAGGGAGUUCAAACGGUUAUUAAUAUGAAUAUGCCCAAAAGCAUCAAACAAUAUAUUCAUCGAGUUGGCCGAACUGCGAGAGCCGGACGAGCUGGACGAUCAAUUUCUCUUGUCGGAGAGGAUGAGCGAAAGCUUCUCAAGGAGAUUAUUAAUUCGAAUGCAGAUCGAACGUUGAAACAACGCUUGGUUGCGCCAGAAGUCGUUGAGGCCUAUCGCCGCCGAAUCGACGAGCUGGAAGAGACUAUCCAACAGAUUGAUGAGGAAGAUCGAACCGAACGUGAGAUGCGUAUUGCUGAGGCAUCGAUGGCAAAAACGCAAGAGAAGCUUGAGACCGGAACCACUGAAAGAGAAGGACGUGUAUGGGCAUUAAAGCAGAAGCAAAGCGACAAAGAGAAGAAGCGAGAAGAAAAACGUAUGCUUAAAAUUGAGGCAAGAAAGCGAGCGCAAAAUGCCAAGACUCCCGAAGAUGUUGCAAUUGAGCACGAGGCUGCGUUCCACAACCAAAAGAAAGCGGGUGGCAGUAAGAAGGUGAAAGCUAAUGCUUCAUUGCGCGACAUUCCAUCUGUCAAGACCGCCACGAAGACAUUCCAAAAGAAGAAAACUGGAGCGGAAACCAAAAAGAAAGGAUUCACGUCUGCCCUGGCGUCAGUGUCCAGUAAAGCUGUUAAAGCGGCGAGACACGGACCACAAGACGCGGAUUUCCAAAAAGCGCGAGUUGCUCAUCGUCUCAAAACGAAGAAACGUUAA